AUUCCACUCAUUGUAUGGAUGAUCUUCUUCUUUGUUUGCAUCUGCAAUUUUUCCCAUGCUGACGUGGGCACCGCCAGUUUCUACAAUCCCCCUUAUACACCCACCGCGUGUUACGGCAAUGAUUUUUCACAAUUCCCGUCGAGCAACCUAUUUGCAGCCGCCGGAGAGGGGAUAUGGGACAAUGGCGCCUCCUGUGGACGUCAAUACUUGGUGAGGUGUAUCAGCGCCGCCGUGCCACGCACUUGCAUUCCUGGAGAGACAAUUCAAGUGAAGAUAGUUGAUCGGGCCCAAACUUCUGUUUCUCGGCCAACCAGAGGAGGAGUCACCAUGGUACUAUCAAAUACAGCUUUUCGUACAAUUGGAAGACCGCCUGCAACUUCCAUGAACAUUGAACUUCAACAGGUUUGAAUUGGAUAUGAAAGUUCAUGAAGAAGCCGGCAUGAAUAGUUUUUGGAGAAUGGUUGUAAUAAUGUUGAUAAGCAAAUUAUUAAUGUGUACUUAA